AUGACGGGCGACGCGGGCGCAACCGGGGGGGACCAAGCCCGAUCGGGUGUCAAGUCUAUCGCCGAACUUCUCAACGACACUCUCGUCCCCCAACUCGAGGAGACGCACAUCGACGAGGAGGACGAGUCGGGCAGCGAGGAGGCUGAUGCCGCGACGGAGCCAGGGUCAGCGGGUGGCGCAGGCGGCGAGGAUGGCGGCGCGAAGAAGAAGAAAAAGAAGAAGAAGAAGAAGGCCAAGGCCAAGGCGCCUGUCGUCAAGGAGGUGACCGCGGAUGAGCUCGUAAACAUCGUGCGGGGCAACAUGAACUCGUCGCAGUCGGCAGGAGCUAGCAAUGACGAUAUCAGAAAAGCACUGCAGGCUGCGGACCUGAUGAAGCUCCUCGAGGGUCAUCUUGGUGGACCCCAAGCCGCUGCAGAGCACAAGUUCUGGAAGACGCAACCUGUUCCUCAAAAGGAGGGGGAGCAGGAGACGGAGGGCCCGAUUGACGAGCACAAGACGCCGGCAGACGUGCAGCCGCACCCCAUUGCGUUACCAGCAGGCUUCGAGUGGAGUAUCGUUGACAUCAAAAAGGACGAGGAGGUUCGUGGGGAGUGUCACACGCCGAGCUUAUCCCAGAUCGACGAGGUGCACAACCUUCUGACGGAGAACUAUGUCGAGGACGAUGACGCCAUGUUCCGCUUCCGCUACUCGCGCGAGUUCCUCCUCUGGGCACUCACCCCACCAGGAUACUACAAGGAGUGGCACAUCGGAGUGCGUGUGCAGAAGACGGGCAAGCUGGUCGGCUUCAUCUCGGGCAUCCCCGUCGAACUGCGGGUGCGGAACAACACCUUCAUGAACGCCGAGAUUAACUUCCUUUGCGUGCAUAAGAAGCUGCGCUCGAAGCGCCUCGCGCCCGUCCUCAUCAAGGAGGUGACGCGCCGGGUCAACCUCGCGAACAUCUGGCAGGCGAUCUACACCGCAGGUGUGCGCAUCCCUACCCCAUUCAGCACUUGUCGAUACUACCACCGGUCGCUAAACCCGGCCAAGCUCGUCGACAUUGGCUUCUCGCCGUUGCGAAAGGGCGAGACAAUCGCGCGCCUCGUACGCAAGUACAACCCUGGAGAACAGACAAAGACGCCUGGCUUCCGCGAGAUGGUGCCCGCCGACGUAUCGCAGGUAGCGGCGCUGCUGCGGCGGUACCUCGGCCGCUUUGACUGCGCACAGCUGUUCAACACGGACGAGGACGUCGAGCACUGGUUCAUCUCUGGCAUGGGCAAGGAGGCCAACGGCAAGCGCGAGAACCAGGUCGUGUGGGCCUAUGUCGUCGAAGACCCAACGACAAACCUCAUCACAGAUGUGGUGUCGUUCUACACGCUCCCUUCGACGAUCAUGCAGCACCCCAAGUACGACUGCUUGAACGCGGCGUACAUGUUCUACUAUGCGAGUGACGCUGUGUUCGCGCCCGGCGCGUCGUCGGACGACGCGUUCACUCACGACCUCAAAACGCAGAACCUGCUUGACCGUCGCUUGAACGCGCUCGUCACGGACCUCCUCGUCAUGGCGAAAAAGCACGACUUUGACGUCGUCAACGCGCUUACGCUCCUGGACAACAACGCGUUCUUGGACGAGCAGAUGUUUGGCCGAGGUGAUGGUGCCCUCGUAAACUAUCUGUACAACUGGUCCACAGCACCGAUCGACGGUGGCAUGUCCACGACGGCGCAGCGCAAGAGCUCGGGUGUCGGCGUGGUGAUGCUUUAG